UUUCUAGUUCCAUUGGCUGCAGAAGAAACAUAUAGUUGUUUACGUGAACAGAUCAGCCUCUAGACGUAUUUAGUUUAUAGGUUUUGUUCUUUGAUACAUAGUUAUCAUGGUUAUUUACGGUGUUUACAUAGUCAGCAAAUCCGGAGGUUUAAUCUUCAAUCAUGACCAUAACAUUCCACGAGUCGAAAUUGAAAAAGUAUUUAACUAUCCAAUUGACUUGAAACUGGAUUACGAUGCAAAGAAAGUAUCGGUGGCGUUUGGACAGAAAGAUGGUAUAAAUGUCGGGCAUGUGCUAAUAUCAGUGAAUGGAUGCGCAGUCAAUGGAAGCACCCUUGAUGAUGGUCGAAAUGUGAAGGAUGUCUUUGAAAACGCCAGCGAGUUCCCGCUUACGCUUAAAUUUGCACGGCCGAAAAUGACCACGAACGAAAAAAUCUUCUUGGCAUCGAUGUUCUAUCCGUUGUUUGCAAUCGCAAGUCAAUUGAGCCCAGAGCCAAAGAGCUCGGGCAUUCAAGUUCUCGAGGCGGACACAUUCAAAUUGCAAUGUUUUCAAACGUUGACAGGU